GAAGUGUCGGCCGUCAGUGGGUAAAUAAAGGAACACGCGGAUUUUUCAACUGACUGCAGCCGCGCUUGUUUCUGUUUUGAGCGAGUUUGCGCUGUGAGAGCCCAAUGGAUAUUUGCAAAGGAAGUUUGGAUGAAAUUUCAAGGCCGGCUUCAGGUUCUCGCUCUCGACCAGGUAGUCGCAUAUCAAGCUCCCGACAAAUAGAAGGACAGAGGACAGGUUCUGUCUGCUCUAGGUCACUGGAAGUCCUGUCACCUGAAAAAAUGGAGUCUGAGAAUGGGUCUGUUGAACUGGAGGAUGUCUGUACUUCCCCUGAAUCAUCAGACUCCGAGAAAAGUGGGCAAAUGUGCAAAACUGGAGGAACAUUUACACCUCAUAAGCAUGAUUUGGCACAAGCGCAAAUUCUGCAGCCAACAACAGCAGAUGCUGUGGAUGCUGCAAAAGGAAAUGCGAGUGACCGGACUGAAGACCCAGAACUUUUCAAAGCAAUCGAGAAGAUGAAAAGGCUUGAUAAAAUCCUUGCUUCCGCAGUCCUAAAAGAAAAAGAAGUAAAACGGCAGGGGAAUGAGCUGAGAGUGAAACUCUGGGAUGAGCUGCAGAGUUCGAAAUCUGAGGAUAAUCCAGAAUGCCAUGAAGAGAGUGAAAAUACCAGAAAGUUUUUAGCUUUGACACCUGCCAGCAAUUUCUCCAUUGAGGACUCCACCAUUGUCCAUGUUUUUGAGACUCAACUCGCUGAUGAAGAAUUUGACCAGUGUUUUAGCAAGCCAGUGCAACAAGUGCCUGGUGACUGGACUGAGAGCAUCGCUAAGCUAGAGACAAGCCCUGACAUAGACACAUCUGACAGGCCAGAGAGCAGAUGCAGCAGAGUUAAGCAAAAGAAGAAGAAGAAACGAGACUUUGUAAAGAAAAACAUUGAGCUCGCAAAGGAUGCUGGGAAUCAAGUUCUUAUGACAGAUAAUGAGAAGAAAAGACUGGCAGAACUGCUGAGGGACAUUGAUAAUGACAGAAGUGACGCACUUCCAAGAGAUGAGGCAGAUGUAACACUGGCUGUCACUGAAGAAACAGAUGAACUUGAUUCUCUUAAAGCAGUUGAUGCUAGACUGCAGGUUCUGCUUUCUUCUGAGGACUUCUCAGUGGUGUUCAGCCCUGGUUCCUGCUCUGGGGCACUUCAGGAGUCGAAAACAGAUGUGAAGAGCGUUGCAGAUAUUAAUCCAGGAGAGAAGGCUCUGCAAGAUGUGAGAGAGAAACGGGAGCAAGAAAGUCGACUGAAAGAGAUCAAUUAUGAGUUAGAGCAACUCAGCAGCGGAGUGCAGAAACCAAUAGAAAGUCCGUCUUUGACAGAGGAGCAGCUGGAUGAACUCUUGGCAGAUUGCAUUCAGGUUCAGAGCAGAACAGAACGCGGCAGCCAGGAGAUGAGCCCAUCAUUUGGGUCGAGCACUUCACUGGCACAGCUCACACCACAGCUCUCUGAAUCUGUGCUGUCCCAGCUGCUGGAGGAGGCUGGACGGUCUGGCAUUUUUAGCAUUAAAGCCACAAAGGAGGAUGACGAGGAGGAGGAGGACAGCAGCAAUGGCCACUACCUCAGUUGGGUGUUGGCUAAUUGCAAGCAUGCAGAAAGACUGCUCACAGAGAACAAAGAAGCAGCCAAAUCCGAGGCAGAGGAAAGCACUGAUGACAGUUGUUACAUGUCACAAGCAAUCCGGACCAAGAAACUGAAUAGACCUGCCUUCCUAGACGACCCAUCUUAUUGCAGCAGCGGCAGUGUCAAUGAGCCUUUGGCACAGGAGCACAUUCCUUGCAUUCCAGAUGCAAAAGAAGGACAUAGCUCUGGACCCAAACUGAAAGAAAUUCAUGCCUAACUCUAUGAUGGCAACUCCACCUGAAAGUGAUACUAGCCAGACAAGAACAUCAAGACAGGACUUCGAUUGCACUCUCAUUUUGAAGAAUUCUGAAUAGUGCUGUAGAUGUUGCAUCUGUCACAUUCUUCUUACUCUAUUACUUUAGGUACAUUGAUUCUUGUGCAUUUUCAUAGUGAUACCCAUGCAACCAUUGGGUGGCCAUACUUGAUCUGGAACUACACUACUGGGCGUUCAUUUUGAGGUCUGUUUGGUUUUGGGUGGUACCUCUUGGAAGCCCCCCUUCCUAGUUUUCAAUCAAAUCUAACCAGGUCCACCUGAGAUUUCUUCCGCUUCUUCUCUUUAUAUCAGUAAGUUUAAAAGAGCAGUCCCUAAAUUAGGCCCACUAAUCUCAUAUAUGCUUGAUGUUUGGUGCCACGUAACAAAGUCCAUUUACAAGUCUAUUCCCACACCCCAUCUUUAAUAACCCUAGUCUUGGUGUAGGAGUUGGUCCUAUCUUGUUUCUAGGCUUGGCUGCAGUAGUAAGCAGGGGUGACUCGUCUUGGACAUAUUUGUAACAGUAAAGUGCUCAGAACAUUCCAAUUGCUGCGGUCCACUUUUUCUGUUCCUUCCUCCUGUUUUUUUCCUAAACUUCAGUCUGUUCUCAAGAUCUUUGGUAUUUCUCUGUCUUCCUCCCUUUCCUCUCACUCAUUUUUGACUUUGUUUCACUCUUUGUCCUCUAAGAUGAAACCUGUUUAUGACGUUUUAUGCAAAACUGCCUCCAAGCUCUUGCCUUUUCAAUCAGUCUGGAAAUUAGAUCUUCUAAGGCCUGCUCCCCUUGACUGUGGCUUGAUGUUUUUUUGAUGAAAAUGAUAUCCUUAAAAAUCCAAAGCUUAAUUGAAACCAAUUCAAAUCAGUACAUCAUCUAAAUCUCACUUAUGUACAUCCCUUGUACCCUGUAAGUGUUUCUUCGUCCUUCUGAUUCCCUAGGCACAACUCUGUAUAGGUACUGGGAAUCUCCUAACAUCUCAGACUUUUCUUUCUUCUGUCCUCGUCUGUGAUGUGCCUUUUACUUGUGAAAUCUUCCAUCUCCUUGGUCUUUCUGCUCAUUUUCUUUCCUCUUUUCAGCAGCUCUAGCUUUAGUUCUUUGUUGAAAUCCCCUGCUUUUCUGUUUGUCACUCUUUGGAACUCCUACUUUCAUCAUGUGAUACUUGAACUAUCUGCUGCCAUGGGGAGCAGCCAGCCGGAGGGUAUGUUUUGGGUUGGCGCCAUGUGUUUUUACCUAAUGAUGAUUUUCUAUUUGGACUAAUCUGGUUUUGCAUAUUUAUUAUAAAAAUUUGAAAACCAGAAACAGAGUAAAAACAUGUCUUAAUAAUAACUACAAUUCCUUUCCCUGUGAUCAUGAGAGUCUUCGUGACGAAUGUUCAUUUAUCCAAAAGCUUGGCCAGAGGAGUAUGUGCUGCCAUCUUUUAUAAGAUCUGUGCAACAGCAUCACAAGCAAUGUGAGUCUGAUCACACGCCAGUCAACUAAGCCCCCAUCAUGGCCACAAACAAAAAAUGCCACAAAUCAGUUGCAAUAAAAGCAUUAAACAAUGUUAAAUGUUAAUAAUGACAAUUAUGUGAUCAAUUAUAGCAAUGAGAUAACAUUCAAAAAGCUCCAAAUUCAUUAUAUACUUAAUAGUCUUUGUGUAGUUAGUGAAAGAAAGUGCUCUGUUACAGAUUAGUAAUUGUGUCUUUAAAAUUGUAACCGCAUUAGUUACUCAUUACUGAUAGGUAACAAAAAAUUCUUAAUUCUACAAAAAAAAAAAACCUGAUUAAACCACACAAACGCAAGCAAACAUGGACUUGUUAAAUGAUACAAUGAUUGUCCGUGUAGCAUCCAACAGCCGAGGUCACAUAAUUGACCUGCAGUGUUUAUUGUGUAACUUAAUCAGUAUGCCUGUGUCUUUCCCAUUUUGGUGCCCUUUACACUAUCAGAAAGACACAUACAAUCAAAAAGGAAGCAUUUACAUGUUUUUAAUUAACAAUGACUAACAGUUAUGGUAAUGAACCUGUUAAUGUUAAAGAAAUAUGAUGAAAUAUCGAGGACUUUUUUUGCCUCUGCAAAUCUAAUUCCUUAUGAGCCCUUUGGCUGAGAGAAUGUACAUCCCAAUAAUCAAACACACAUGAUAUACUCUCCUUUAAUAAAACAAAAGAGUAUCCAGAAAUUCCCAGAUUUGGUCAAUAGCACGGGAGUAGGAUGUAGUUACUGAAUAUGCCACUAGGUAUGGUAAGCCUACAGUCUCAGUGUAAUCAGUCCGCCGAGUGGCACUGUGCGGCAUUGAUCAAGUGUGUAUGUCUGCUGUUUAUUCUACAGUUAUACACGUGACAUGGGUGAUUUUUUUUUUCUCCACGUCACCAUGGCAUUUUCACUGGCACGUUAAAGAGAUGUUAUUAAAUAUUGAAGACUUUUU